ACCCAAACCUAGUUUUACAUACAAUUAUAAACAUAACCUUGCUUGUAACGCGUGCAAGAUGCGUAAACAGUUGUUUUCCAAUAUAUUAGAAGUAAGAAAAUUAUGUUACGAGUAUUUUAAACCAUGUAUAAAUAAUACAAUUACAUAUUCUUACUUAAAACAAAUUAAACAUUUUUCGACAGAAAAGAAUGAUAAAUUUAAAAAUGUCGAAAAUUUAGAUGAUACCUCACAUAACCUUUCUGGUUCAUUGAGUUCCAGUUACAAAGUCUUUGAUGAUAAAGAUUCAGAAAUUAUACGCGAUAUUGGUGAGAAAGAAAAAACUAUUCAGUUAAAAGAUUUGCAGUCUGAAGAAGAAUAUUAUGAUCCUUAUGAAGGAAUAAAUUUAGAACGUGGAGUUAGUGGAGUAUUUGAAAUAGAAGACUUGGUGUCAUUGUUGCAAAGAGAAAAGGCGCAAAAUAUUUUUGUGGUAACAGUUCCUCCUAAACUAUCAUAUGUUAGUUACUUGGUUGUAGUCACAGGAAAAUCACAGAAACAUAUGAUAGCCCUUGCUACUUUUAUACGUAAAGUAUACAAAUUGAAAAGACAUAAAACAGAUUUAAUACCUGUUAUUGAAGGACAAGAAUCAAAGGAUUGGGUAGCUCUAGAUUUAGGUAAUAUAGCAUUACAUGUUUUUUCAAAGUCUGCACGAAUAUUAUAUGAUCUAGAAACAUUAUGGUCUGUUGGUGCUGAUUAUGAAAAUAAAACUGGAAAAUCAUCUGUGGAUAUUAUGGAACAAUUUAAUAAAUUUCUGUCUGAUAUGAAUCCUAUUGAAGAUAAUAAUAUAAGGAAUGACAAUAAAUAAAAUUGUUAUUAAUCUGUAAUAUA